AUGUUAAAAAAACCCGCUAACUGGGCAGAGAGUCGAAGCAAUGUUGCACAAGAGAAUGUGGUGGACGACAGUGAAGAGUCUGCGGGCUUAAGAAUCAGCUGCCACGCUGAGGCCACGAGGAAGGAAGAAGGGCACGUGGCACCUGCACUGUACGGUGGGCAUCAGCUGCGAGCCGGAGGAGCGCUAGGUGUGGGCAGGCUGGAGCUGGAGGGCGUUGUAGAUCAGCAGAGGGCCACCUGGCAGCCAGGGGCCGUGGGUGUAGUAGGCAGGGAGGUAGACAAAGGGCGGGAGCGGCUGGAUGACGCCAUACAUGUUGGUGGCAGGAGGAGAAUUUCAAAUGUGAACGUAAACCAGGCCGUCUCUCAGAUGUUUGCGAUCCCACAGAGUGCCUGUGCUCUUGAAUAUACCUGUCUCGCACCUCCUUUCAUGACGCUUCUGCCAUUAGCCAUCGGUUUCAUUGGUUUGCUCUCCAUCUUCUCUGAGGUGCUUGGAGCACCUCAGUGGGACACGUCAACUGCUGGACAGUCUCUGCCUUUGACACGCAGGACGCAGCCUUCACGGAACGCAUCAGAGUUGGCAGACUAUGCCAAGAACCUGCGCGAUGCUACAAUCGCGAAGUACUCUUUGCAACGUAAUAAAAAGCGGGGAACGGGGAAGAACUUAGUACUGAUUUCCUCCGGUUUCUACGGGAUUCUGGCUGUUGGUACACCACCCUACCCCUUCGCCGUGAUUUUAGACACUGGAUCCUCUGUGACCUACGGUAGCGGUGAAGCAGCAGGUACUCUUGGGCAAGAUAUUGUCCAAAUGGCUGGUUUCACAAUCCCGGACCAAGCAUUCGCGGUGGCGACAUCCACAUCGUUGAAUUUCUUGCAAAAUCCUGUCACUGGAAUAUUUGGUCUCGCGUGGCAGUCACUAGCAUCCUCUGGUGCUAUGCCAUUUUGGCAAGCACUUGCAAGUCAAAGCCAAUGGAGUCAACCCUUGAUGGCUUUCCAGUUAACUCGUCCAAGCUGGAGGACUAGAACCUGGGGGAUCUUUGACAAUAGAUACCCAAACGAAAGUUUAUACACCGGGGCGAUUGACUACCGGGAUAUUCCCGAUGGACAAGCCUCAUUCUGGCUUCAACAAAUUACUUGCGGCAGUGCGUCUUAUGCCGCCAUUGAUACCGGCACGACGCUCGUCGCAGGGCCCGCGGCCGGCAUUGCGGCUAUCUAUGCUCAGAUCCCUGGGUCUCAGCCUGGCACGGGCAGGUGGGAGGGAUUCUACAGUUACCCCUGUGACACUGCUGUUGCGGUGGAGAUCUCGUUUGGGGGACCCAAUUGGUCGGUCAGCCCCGAUGACUUCGAGUUCACAUCCACUGGAAAUGAAUGCUAUGGUGCAUUUUACGCUAUAGCCACAUAUGUUGGGACACCUUCCUGGAUCAUCGGCGACACAUUCUUAAAAAACGUUUAUUCUGUUUUCCGAUACAACCCUCCGUCUGUCGGAUUCGCAGCAUUGUCCAAAAUUGCGCUGGCAAUGAAUGGCAAAGUUGGAGGAAUACCUUCCGCCACUCUCGGUGCUAACUCAGCAAAGUUUACAUUAGCGUCGAGUGCGGCACCCUCAACACGUUCCUCUAGCGCGGUCGCACUGGUCAUUUCUGCUUUAUUCGCCACCUUUGUGUCAUUUACGCAAGGAUAA